GAGUACCAAUUUGAAUUGUUCAUCUAGUGCUUCUCCUCACGCUCUACAAAUAUAUUACCUAGUAAUUUAUAAUUGCUUCUCGACGUACGUUGAUAGUUUUAUAUGAUUAUUAGCGAUUGUGAAUAAUAGUUGAUUUAGAUAUAUAGUUAAUAAUAUGAAGGAGUAAAUUAUCAUUGAAGUCUUGAUGAUACACUGUUACACUAAAGGUAAGUGUAAUAUACAAACUGCAAUUUAUUUUACAUACAUUAUAAUAGGUAGUUAGGAUUUUUGAAUUAUUAAGAUUAUUUUGUGUAAUUAUUUCAUAUAUCUCUAUAUUAUGUUGAAUGAACCGUAAAAUUCAUUACGAGUUCAAAUACAUUUUGAUUUUAAGUUCAUUACUAUUCAACGUUAAAAACAUUAGCUUUUACUUUAAACUUAAAUUUUGUUUUUUUUUUGUAUUACUCACGGAAAGGGGACUACAAAUAUUUAUACUUGAAUUAAUUUUUUUUUAUUAGAAAAAUAAAGAAAUACAUUUUUAUUUUAUUAUUUUCGGAAAAUUUUAAUGUACCACACAUUUAUAUCCCAGAUGAAUAGUUUCUAUGUAACAGCCUUUUUAAAAUUUUACUAAUCCGUGUGAAAACCGAUGUUAUAUCAUGUAGAUAUUCAAGGGGUAAAUCCUCGUGGGACAGCCUGUAUAAUAUAAUAUGUUGUACCUAUUCGGUAUUCUAUUUAUCUAUAAUACCUACAAGAUGUAUACAAUUAUUUUGUAAUUCUUAACAAAAUCAAUAAUCGUGAGAAUUUUUUAUACAUUCUAAGUGGUGAAAUCGUUUUCGGUGUUGGCAAUUAAUAAAUAGGUAUGCUUAAUAUUGUUAUGUACCUAUCACUAUUAUAUAUUAACUUUAUUAUAACUGUAGAUUCUGAGUGAACCAAGAAGUUAAUACCUAGUUUUAUCGCUUUUUUGGCUUUGUUGGCUCCGAUUUUUGUUCACGCAGUACCUUAAAAGUUGUAAGAUUAAAGGAUUGUUAAUUUACAUGAAACACUUUUUGAAAUUUUAAAAAAUAGGUACCUACACAAAUAAUCACAAAGCUUAUGUUGUUUUAUCGUUUUAGAAUUAAAUUUAUAUUGUUUAAAAAAAUAUUACCCGGAACUGUAACGAAGUGUUUUUGGUGUAAUAUUAAUAACAAUAAACUUUUAAUUAAACAAUAAAGUAUCAAUUGGCAAUAAUUCAUAUUUUUAGCCUGGGAGUACCACCACUCAAUUGGUCAUGAGGGCAUUGCCUCAUGAAAUCCCAUAUCGCGCCGCCAUUGCGUAUAGUUGUAAAUAUAAUACAGAUGUCAUAAUAAUCGAUACAAAUUAGUACAUUCAAUAAUAUAGUGGUUUUGCCGGAACCUACAAUCUGAGGUCACUAUACCCGGUGUCACUAUAAACGGUAUCAACUCAAUAAUUGUAUUUUCUAUUAAAUGAUUAAAAAAAAAAAGUUGUUACACAGUAACAACUUAUAAGUGGGAAUGUUGGAUAGUAGUAUACAAUAUAAAGUUAUUUAUUUUAUUACUGUAAGGAACGAUAAAUCACUGAUAACGAAAAAGAUUCGGAGCUGAAGUUUGGUUAUACAUAUUUUGAAAGGCAGUAAAUUUAAGAUUUUUUCAAAAUUUGAUAUUAAAAAAAUUGUUUAAACUUUUUUUUGACCUCAAAGUACAAAUGUUAAUGAACUUACUGUUAUAUUUUAAAGCAUUUUUUCUUGGUCAAAUAUGUAUCCACAGAGUACCUAUCAAAUACAAAUUACGUGAAAUCAUACAACAUAGUAAAACCAAUAGAUCCCUCGCUACGAAUAAGUUCCAAAAAUCGUUAAAACCUAAAUACAGGUUCGAUGUAUAUGGGAUGGUAAAACGCAUGUAGUCCCAACUACUUUAGAAAGCUAAUUCUGAUCGCACAUUUUCUUAAAGGUUUUCAAAAUGUGGUAUAUUGGUAUUGUAAAAUUAUUUUAAAAAUGAAAAAAUUGCCAUUGAAAUGCAUAUAAACAGAACAUUUGGAAAGUAAAUAAAUAAUUUAUAAUUAUAUGUAUAAUGUAUGUGGCUGUAAGGGUGGUCCCACUUAUGAAAACAAUUGAUUCCAGUGAAAGUAUGAUGUUUUAAAUUGGUUUUGAAAGAUUGAAAAGUUGUAAAUUUUUUACAAACAAUGGUACUGGUUUGGAACCGAUAGGACAAGGUGGGAGGGCUAACUUCAUUGACGUGGACCAACCUUGAUUUUUCGCGCGAAUUGCAUUUUGUUACCAUCUGCUUUAACUUUUAAAUAAAUGCUAUUAAUCCAUUAUAGUUAUACAAUACUAUUAACAAUAUCAAUUAUAAAAUAUAUUAUAGUUACACUGGAAUUGGCUGUCGACAAAUACCUCGAUACGUUUACAAUGGAUGGUAACAAUUUAAACAACCACAAAGAGAACGGUAACAAGGUAUCUGCAGUGUCCUAUGUUAGGAUUUCUACGUCGUUUUAUACACUAUUUCAGGUAGGUUUAAAUAAUAUUGUAUUGAUCAAACAUGUUGUUCAUAAUUAAUGUGAGUACUUAACUAUCUAUUUAUUUUAAUUACAGAUAACCGGAAUACUGAUCGUGUUGUCCGUCUUUUUUUGGCUACACAAUUUUCGGAAUGGUUUUGGUUUUUCUGAAAUAGGAAAAGUAUGCAAUUGGCAUCCGUUGUUAAUGACGAUCGCUUUUAUUUAUCUAUUUGCUAACUGUAAGGCUUGUUAAAGUUAUUAGACUAUUAAAGAAAUUAUUAUAUUUAAGGCUGAUGGACUAAAUUUUCCGAGGGGAGGGGAGUAAUUUGAGGUUAGGUUAUAGAGUACUAUAGAGGCAAUAUUCCAUUUCUGAGACAUUUCUUCAAAACAAGAUGAUGAUUACACAGUGUUGUCAAUUUAAAAAAUAAUAAUAUUCUAAUUUUUUUAGUACACAAUUUAUUAUAUCUUUAAUUUGUAUUAUUAUAAUAUUUUAAUUAGUAGUGUAAGAUAUCCCUGAACAAAAACCACACAACUUUAAUAUUUAUAUUAUUACUUGAUAUUCAAAACAAGAUUUAUGGUAGAAAAACAAAACCGAAAAAUAUCAAAAACAAUUGAACUUUUAUAGUUGUAAAUUUAUCCGUUUUUCUCUUUACGCUUUUUCACAAGGGUAAUAAAAAAUUACAAGGAAAAUAAAUAAAGGCCACCUCAAUGCACAAACUAAUUCCAAAAUACUAUAAAAAACCGUUUAUUGUCAUGUUUUGAUUGGAGUAAGAUUUCUAACAGAAAAAGUGUUAAAGGUACAAGAAAAAAAAAACACAUAUAAUAGUGAAACCACUAUACAUUCCUCUCUCUACUCAGAAACUAAAAAAUAAAUAAAUAUACAUUUGCCUAAUUUAUAAUAUUGAUCUUUUUUGUUGCUUUUUUUUUUUUUUUUUUUAGCGAUUCUUCAUUUUCGAUAUUUUCACAACGAUGAUAAACUACUACUGAAAAUACAACAUGCAAUCAUACAUUGCAUUAUAAUCAUUGUCGCGGCAUUUGGAAUUUGGGCGGGUUUAAGUUCGAAUAAAAUUGCUAAACCGCCUGUACCAAAAUUUUACAGUCUUCACAGUUGGCUGGGAAUCAUAACUAUAAUUUUAUUUGUUUCACAAGUAGGUUAUCUAAUAAUUCUUUUUUUCGUUUACUUAUUAAAUUUUAAUUUUUGAUUCUUAACAAAUUUAACUCAUCAUAUGCAAUGUGCAUAUUAUUUAUAUUUUAUAGUUUUCAAGUGGAUUUGUGUCUUUCCUGUACCCCGAAAUAAACGUUCAGUACAAAAAAGCUCUAAUGCCGUAUCAUAAAUCGUUUGGUAUAUUGACUUUUGUACUAUCAGUUGUAACCACUGUGCUGGGAUUUAGUGAAAAAAUCAUUUCCGCCUUGUACGCAAGCAAAAUUUAAAUAUAGUUUAUUAUCUUUAAAUCAUUUUUUUUCAAGGUAUUUUCAAUUUUAUUUUUAUUUUCUCAAACAUAUUAUAGGAACUGCCAACAUAACUGUAUGCCGACGGAAGGACUGUUGUUAAACUUUUUAGGGAUAAUAGUACUCUUUUAUAGUAUACUAGUCUUGUAUUUAUUGAUAAAACCGGAUCACAAAAAAUCCUAGACUUUAGAAUACGAAGUAAUAUUUUCAAGGAUAUGACUAACUAUUUUUCAUAAGAUUUAUUUAGUUAUAUGAAUUUUUUUGAUGUACCAUAAAUCAUUAUUGUUACUUUAUUGUUUUAGUUUAGCUUGAUAAUCAUAUCAAUUUACUAUUAUUAAUUAAUAAUUAGGUGUGUAUAUCCGUGGCUAGGGUCAAUGUGAAAAAAAAAAGUUUAAGAAAAUAUAUUAAGUCGGAAAAAAAAAUAUUUCCGAAAAUUCCAAAAACCCAUUGAUAUAUUUGUCGAUUAUAUAGUAUUUAUAUUCUAUUUAUUUAUUUACUGUAAUCUAUCUUAUGUUAUUGAAUAUUAUUAAUGUUUUAUAAUUUAUGCAACAAACUUUGUUUAAAAAUAAAAUCAUAAUCAAAAAUACA